AUGCAGGUUCAGGCAGCACCCCCUGCCGGAAAGCGCCAGCAAACCCACCAGGCUGUACACUUCGAUCUCAACCCUGAACCAAUCAUGCCCGCCAAGCAACCCACUAGCAAGAAGCGUACGAAGGCAGAGAAGAAGCGACUCCGAAAGGCUCAACAAGCGGUGUUCUGUUGGUACUGCGAAAGAGAAUUCGAGGAUGCCAAAGUUCUUUUACAGCAUCAGAAGGCAAAACAUUUCAGAUGUCCCCACUGUCCUCGUCGAUUGAAUACGGCCGGUGGUUUGGCGGUUCACAUCGAUCAAGUGCAUAAAUUGCCUACAGACAGAAUUGAAAAUGCGAUGCCCGGUCGAGAUACAUUUGAUGUUGAGAUAUAUGGAAUGGAAGGUGUGCCGGCGAACGACCUGGCUGAUUGGAAGCGACGCAAGGCGGAAGCAAUGGGCAUUGAGCCCGAGGCACAGAAGCGGAAACGACCGAAGAUCUAUCUCGGCGUGAUCUCACCUGAAGAACUGAGAUCACAGCUGCAGCAACAUCGCGCCCUGAUGAAUGGCAUCUCUGCCGGAAUCCUCUCCCGCCCAGCCGGCCCGCCCUUCGGUGCCGCGCCCCCAACCAUACCCACUUCAGCCCCCUCCGUCCCACCCCCAGGCCUCUUUGCGGCCUCCUCAGCGCCCAUGCCUCCCCCUCCGGGGUUCCCCAUGAUGCCCCCACACCCCGGCAUGCCGUUCCCUCCUCCCGGAAUGUCUCUGCCCCCCAUGCCCCACGGAAUGCUGCCCCCAGGCAUGCCGUUCCCACCACCACCAGGAAUGCUACCGCCUGGAAUGCCUCCUCCACCUGGGAUGCUCCCUUUACCAGGACUUGGUAUGAUGCCUGGCGCACCACCAUUUGCACCCCCAGGUGCCCCCUCAAUGACUACACCGCUCGCACCACCCACUGGCUCUCAGACGGCAACACCAGGCGAAGCUGGCUCAGCAGCGACUAUCCCUUCGACGCCGGCCCAGCCCUACAAGAUUGUCAACAGUCAAGUAACUCUCAAGCCUGGUCAAGUCUUGGUCUAUGGAGACAACGAGGUCUCUCUGGAGGAAAAGCGUGCCCGUCAGCCACGGUACCAGGCCCCGAUAGCUAUUCCAGAUAUGCGACUAGGAUUGCCGACGCGCUGAAAAUAAACCAGCCUUUACAUCUCGACCUCGACCAAGCUCCAAUCCCCCAAAACGGUUUGCAUCUUCUUGCUUAUUCUCGAUUCAAGUUUUCACGAUGCAACGCCAAGAGCAGAGGGCUAGCGGAAGUUGAAGGUCGUUGUAUGGCUUUUGGGGCCGAUCAAGAUUGUUUGAUUUCCUUUGAGUGCUCCAUUAGGGCAUAAAUAAGGAUAAGAAUUUGAUAUCAAAUUUGCAUGCUCAAUGUGACACAAUGUUAACUUCAUUUCUACAAUUAAUGGGAAUUCAUGUUGUGUAGCAGCCCGCCCUGUGAUAGUAUUUGAUGCGGCAAGUAAGCAUUGAGCAUCUGAAGUUCUAAACGUCGGCCCCCAACCGUGCAGAUGCACAUCAACUGUCAAGCUAACCAACCACAUCCCCUCUGAACUGCAAUGUACAGUGGGUAGACAGUGAAAA